UAGCCGUCUAACCCGAUAUAAUGUUGUCAGGCUAAAGUCACACAGACAUACAUACCUCUCUUUGUUGCACGAGCUCUCUCAAACUCUCCCAACUGCAAAAACCUUAAAAACUCCCCCAAUAAGAUUCAUUUGUAUUAUAAAUAAGUCUUUAGCUUCUCUCUCUCUCUCUCUCUCUGUGUAAAGUCUUGGCUGUAGAUAUAUAGUAAUAAGCAAAGGACAAGGUACGAGGAGAAGAAGAAGAAGGAUAUGCAUGAAACUGGAGGAGGGGGAGGAGGAACAAUGUCGGCAGAUCCCCAAGAUUAUACUAUCAUCAAGGAGGGAGAGGCUGAGAUUCUCAUGCGCAAAAAUGAGGUCUUUUACAAUCCCAGCCAGGUUGACAACAGAGACAUGUCUAUUGCUGUCUUGAGGACAUUUAUAUCCAAACGCAAACAGGAGCAUGAAGCAUAUUUGUUGAAAAGAACGAAAGCAGCAACAAAGGCUUCUGAGAAGGAUUCCUCUGAACCUGCUGGAGAAGCAGCUGAUGAAUCUCUCAUGAAUGAUGAAGAAGCUAAUGGAGAAUGUGAAGUGUCUGAAGAGGUACAUCAGGAUGAACCAUGUAGCAUUUCAAAAGAAUCGGUCAAGACCCCUGAGGGAAAAGGACGUGGAGAACUGAAGCCAGCAAGAGUUCUUGAGGCCUUGGCAGCUUCUGGGUUGAGAUCUCUAAGAUAUGCUUGUGAAAUAGAAGGGAUAGGCCAAGUUGUGGCAGUAGACAAUGAUAAAGUUUCUGUUGAAGCUUGCAAGAGAAAUAUAAAGUUUAAUGGUUCAGUAGCAUGUUCAAAGGUGGAGCCACAUCUUGCUGAUGCUCGUGUAUUUAUGCUCACCCAUCCAAAAGAAUUUGAUGUGGUUGAUCUUGAUCCUUAUGGCGCACCUUCUGUGUUCUUGGAUUCUGCUGUCCAAUCGGUUGUAGAUGGAGGCAUGCUGAUGUGUACUGCAACUGAUAUGGCAGUACUAUGUGGGAGUAGUGGGGAGGUUUGCUAUUCCAAAUAUGGUUCCUAUCCAUCACGAGGGAAAUAUUGCCACGAAAUGGCUUUGAGGAUCCUCCUUGCGUGCAUUGAGAGCCAUGCAAAUCGGUACAAGCGGUACAUAGUUCCUGUUCUAUCUGUUAAGAUGGGCUUUUAUGUCCGUGUUUUUGUUCGCAUAUACACCUCUGCAAGUGCAAUGAAAAACACCCCCCUUAAGCUGUCAUAUGUUUAUCAGUGCAUUGGUUGUGAUUCUUUUCAUCUUCAGCCUAUUGGGAGGACUAUGUCCAAGAACAACAGUGUAAGAUAUCUGCCUGGGUUCGGCCCUGCAGUUCAUCAAGAAUGCAGUGACUGUGGGAAGAAAUUUAACAUGGGUGGACCUAUAUGGUCUGCUCCCAUCCAUGAUCAAGAAUGGGUAACAUCCAUACUGGCAAAUGUGAAAUCUAUGCAGGACCGGUACCCUGCUUAUGCUCGAAUCUCUGCUGCACUGACGAAUGUAUCAGAGGAAUUGCCCGAUGUUCCUCUAUUUGUGAGUCUGCACAGCCUAUGCGCCACACUCAAAUGCACUUCUCCAUCAGCAGUAAUUUUCCGUUCAGCUGUGAUCAAUGCUGGAUAUCGUAUAUCUGGAACUCAUGUGAAUCCACUGGGGCUGAAAUCGGAUGCUCCCAUGGAUGUCAUUUGGGACAUAAUGCGGUGUUGGGUCAAAAAUCAUCCAGUGAAAGCUCAGCCACCAGAUCAGCCAGGAAGUGUGAUACUUGCCAAGGAACCAGUUCUUCAAGCUAAUUUUGCUCGGGCUGUUGCAUCACUUAGCAAAGCACAAGCCAAGAAGGUCACGCGCUUCCUUCCAAAUCCUGAAAGGCAUUGGGGCCCAAAGCUCCGGGCAGGUCGUAAAAUAACCAGCAAGCACGUCUCUCUUUUGGGUCCUCAGGCUUUGAAUGGAACUGUUGACCAUGAAGAUGAAGAGCCUACUGCGAAGCGUCAAAAGGCACAGGAGCCCUCCACAAAUUCAUGAUUUUGAGGUAUUUCUUGGAAGUAUGUCUCGGGAUCAAACCUGCCGGGACCUCAGUCAACUCCCAUAAUUUUGCUUUUUUGAAAAAAAAAAAAAAAAAUGUUGUAUGCUUUCUCUUUUCCUUUUAAUUAUUUCUUUUAAAGUGUUCAUUUUCUGGGGGGAGGGAGCGAGAGAUCAUGUUCUAUCCCACGAAAUGUCCCACAGUUUAAUAUAACUAGGAGAAAAUGGGAAUUGAGAAACUCUGGUGAUAUUAGAAUUGUAUUUUUGGCAAUUUUUUGAGUUAAUGGAAAUCCAUUAGGUAAAAACAUAGCUUUGAAAUUACUCUAAUUUCACUUGCUUUGUGAAGAGUAGAUUUUCCAACAUGUUAUACACCAUAUUUUAUAAGUCUUUUAAGUGUUGCUCCCAUAGCAAUGUUGUAUGAAGAGUGAAAUUUAAGAAACUUUGGUGCGUCCUGGACUUUA